AUGGAUGUGAGUCCCGAUGACCGUUAUCUGGUCUGUGGUAGCUCUGACCGUCUGGCCUAUAUAUACGCGAUCGGCCGCAGCCGACAAAGCCCCAUCGUGCUGCCUGGUCACUGUGGAGAGGUUAGUGUUCCUCGAUGGAGCAGACAUGAUCCCACAAGGCUUAUUACUUUGUCAGAUGAUUCUCAGGCCUUCGUUUGGACUAUGUUUCCGGCCAGACGAGACACAAUGGCUGAGCCUGAGGAGUUGAUUGGUAAGUAA